AUGGGGAAAUGGGAGAAUGGAGUGUGGGUUUGGGAGGUUAAGUGGAGAAGAGAUCUUUUCGAUCGCGAGGUUGAGGGUGUUAACAAUCUCAUUACUGUUAUUGCUGGUGUGAAACCUUGUGCAGGUCAAGUGGAUAGAUGGUCUUGGAGCGCAGCAAAAGAAGGUGUUUUUACCACGAGAUCUGCUUACUCACUGAUCAAAAAAGCCAGAUCAGCAGGUGGUCCGACUGUUCCUAACAAUGAUCUGUUGGCAAGCAUUUGGUGUGCUCCUGCUACUUUCAAAGCUAAAGUGUUCAGUUGGAGAGCCAUUCGGAGGAGGCUCCCAACUUGCGCCGAUCUCUCCAAAAAAAACGUGCCAUUGGGAGAUGUCGAGAAGUCUUGUAAUGCUUGCUUCCACAGUGCCGAAACUGAAGAUCACGUCCUUCUUCAAUGUCCGAAAGCGGGGGCUGUCUGGGAUGGUAUUCAGAAUUGGCUCGGUUACCAGUCGGCGCGGCAUCACGACAUCACGGUCCACUUUGAUUCCUUCUCACAUCCUUGGAAAGGGAAGAAGAUCCGUAAGCUUCUUAAAGCUCUUUGGAUGUGUUCGUGUUGGUUAUUAUGGAAGCAAAGGAACUUUAGCCGCUUCGAAGGUAAGGUCCGGUCUGUUGAAUGUAUUGUGUCGGAAGUCAAAGCUCGGAGUUGGAGUUGGUGUAGUGAGUUUAAGAAUGUUGGGAAUGUUCGUUGUUUUGACGAUUGGUGCUCGUCGAGUUUAAUUUCUAAACUGCUGUAA